UGUUUAUUCAAACGGUGAGACAAUCACCAGGAAAGGAAGGAAGGAAGGAAGGAUAUUCAUUCAAGUGGAUGUUAUUAGUGACACGAAAACAUAGCCUAUACGCAUUUUAUGUGUGAUUAAAAAUUAAAUAUAUUACAAUGCGAGUUCAAAAGUUUAAGCUUCCAUGCAACGUAGACAGCUUUGCAAAUGCCGACCGAAAAGUCGUAAUCGUCUCAGUCUUUGGAAAGUCUCAGUUUUGCACAAAAGGAUGCAAAGCAGAAAUGCUUGGUUCAGUCCUUCAGGUGGAUCUCCUAGAUGAGCCAGGGGUGGAUGAAGAGUCUUCGUGUGAAAUUGAAGGCUACCAUGAUGUAAAAGAAAGGACAGUGUAUUUACAUCUUAGGGGUCUUCUUGAUGCUCAUACGCUUGUCAGUUCUUAUGAUCGUUUUAUUGAGAAACAUGAACGGAAGGAUUUUUUAAGUGCAUGGGCACACAUGAGAGAUAAAUAUGCAAGAGCCCUACUUAUACUCUUUCAUAUUUCACAUAUUGUGAUAUUAACACAUCCAACACAUACGUUCGAUUACAGUUAUGUGCAUUUAUUCAGAGCACUCGAUAUAGUUAGGCAAAAAACUUCUCCUCAAUUGUCUGAUGUAUUGAGCUGUAUCUCUGGAGUGCCUAAAGACUGGAUCUCUAAUGUAAGGCCAUGUUCUCCACGUGUAUUAUUUUAUUUCGAGACAUGUCCUGCCGUAUUUCGCGAUCCGGAUAGUGGUGCUAAUAUAAAAAAACUCGAGCACUCUCUCGAGGAUCAAAUAUAUCACGUCCUUAGGAAAAAUCGUAUAGUUACUAAUAUAAGCUCCAACUCUCUAUUCGCCAUACCGGCCAACCAGGAAUUCGUCUAUGUAAAUACCGGUUCUAUAGAGUCAAGGGACAUCUUUGGCUAUAUGACCAGAAAACUAAUUCAAAGUUGUAAAUUGAGUUCUGGCAGCAACACUUCAAGAAGUUUAGCCAGUAUUGAGUCCAAUUUAACUGUGACUGAUACCGAUGCCGAGUCCCAUACAUUCAGACUCUUCCUUCAGCAGCACAUAAUGCUGGCUUUUAGUAGAGGAUUUGACGAUAAUGUCGGUCGACACAGUGUACCUGCUCACUUUGAGAUACCAACGUUAUCCUUGUUCAUGGAAGUUGCAAGCAAAGUGUACGAGUUUUAUAUACAAAGUACGGAUAAAGAACUUUUAUCGCUUCAUAGCUUAUUAGAUACUGAUGUCAAGUUCAGCAAAAGCAGAUGCAGCAAGGUAUUACCUAGGGCCUUACAAACUUAUCAAGACAAUCUUCCACAGCAUUAUACCAGAGCAUAUCAUGAAACAAAGCUGGGUCAUGCAAUAGCUGUGUUUGAGAUGCACGCCCGUGGACCACUUUUUGAAGACUUCAGCGAGAAACUACAAGUAGAAUGCGAUAAACAUUGGCGCGCUGGUAGACAGAUGUGCGAAGUAUUGUCAUUAACAGGAAAUCCUUGUACAAAUCCAAUUCACAAAGGCGGUAGUGAAGGUGCUGGCGGCGGUGAGCAGAAUGAACCGCGAGAUGAUGAUAGUGAUCUGCAAGUUAUGGAACACUGCAGUGGCGUUCGUUACGUUUGUGCUUGCAAUUGUGGUCGUUGCCAAGGUUCUAGAGACGAUCCGUUUAGCUUGCGACAGGCUAACUACGAUUACUUUCAAAUGUUGGCAAAACAGUGUGGAUGUGCACAGUUGGAAAGUAUACAGUUCCCCGUAUUCCAACCUAGCACGCAUAAUUUUAGAGCUGCCCAGCUAUUUUCGGCCACGCAACGGAAAGAUUCUUUGUGUAGAGCAGAGCUUUCCACUCCCCAAGGACCAACCCAAGGGUGCAGUCUAGGUGUGAGCAGUUUGCAUGAUGAUAUUGCAGCGUAUGGGAGUGGCGGACAGUCUCCACCAACUACAUGUGAUCCUACUGUUGAGGAUGCUCCAAGACUAUGUAGUAAGACUAGUCUAACACCUAGUGACGGGCACAAAGUUGUUAUACAAGUAACUGAUGCCGAUUUGGAACAUACCAAAGGUGAUACCAAUAUUUCAGACAGAACCUUAAUCAGACAGCCAUCUACUACCGAAUAUCUACCAGGAAUGCUUCAUACGGAAUCACCUUCAGGGCUUUUGCCACAAUUUUCUAGCUGGUCUCUUGUGUGUCUUGGACCCAGUAGUCUUUAUUCGCAUAAUUUAGGAUUACAGCAUCAGACAGGAGUAUUAAGCAAUUCUGCUUUUCUACUGCCUUGGGAUGUGACUGUUAGACUCGAACAUCAGAAAGAUAGAGGUUCAUUGUGGCCUACGGUUGGUGAUCAUUCAGGACACGGUUAUUCACCGCGAGGAAAGAAUUUCCAGAACAUGAAUACGAUACGCGGUCGGAAAUCCAAAGGUGGCAAAGAAUUUGUAGUAAAAAUAUUCGUCGGCGUUGAAUAUGAAUGUCCACGGGGUCACAGGUUCAUGGCCUCAGCGCCUGAUAAAGUUUUAAAAGCGAGUGGAAAUGGAAUAGUUAAGGAUAGUGGAAAUAAAGUGACUUCCAGUACAGCGGAUAUGCCACUUUACUUUCCAUGUGCUUGCAGACAAUCUAAACCACUGAUAGCACAACUUAUGAGGAUUCACGUAGUGACUCCAAAGGCACCUGUUCAUGUUACAUUGAACCCACGUGUUCAGCCAGGACCACCACCUUGUCCAAUUUUUGUAACCGGCUGUGAAGAACCAAUAAAACUUUCUCAGAGUGCAUACUGGGUUCUUAGGUUACCUUAUGUUUACAUGGGAGAGAAGGGACCAUAUUUGGCACCGAAGGAACCGGUACCUAUAUCCCAUGGGCGCCUAUUAGCUGGCAUGUAUGGAAUCAGUGAAGUAGUUCCAGAAAAGAAAUAAAAUACUUUAUUUAUCAGUAAUGAAUGAUUGAGAAUAUAAUUUUUAAGUGAGAAUGUUCAUUCUCUAGCUGGACUGAGGAUUCGUAAGAAUCGACAUAGUAAAAUGUGUUUUUGAAUAAAAUGAUUGUUGAAUAAAAAAUCAUAUAUCCUUAAA